AUGUCCCAAGAAUACGAGACCUUCCAGCUUGGAGACUGGAAGCUACAGAGCGGCGAGAACAUCAACAAUGCCUAUAUCGCAUACAAGACAUUUGGUGAUCCCAACACUCCAGCAAUCGUCUAUCCGACUUGGUUCUCGGGAGCAAUCUCCGAUAACUUCUGGCUAAUCGGAGAAGACAAGCUUCUUAACCCAAAGAAGUUCUACAUCAUAGUCACAGCCUUGUUCGGAAAUGGUCAGUCAUCUUCCCCUUCGAACCAGCCAAGCCCCGGGCCAUUUCCCAAGGUCUCCUUCUAUGACAAUGUGAGGGCACAGCAUGAACUCGUUACCAAACACAUGGGGAUCACGCAUUUGCGAGCGGUCGUCGGUUGGUCCAUGGGAGGAGCUCAGUCCUAUCAAUGGGCAACGCAGUAUCCCGAUUUCAUGGAUAUUGUGGUGCCUUUCUGUACAUCGGCGAAGACUUCACUGCACAAUCAGGUGUUCCUGGAGGGUGUCAAAAGUGCUCUCAUCGCAGUGAAGAAAAGCCGAUCUUCAGGGUCAGGGGAGAUCAGCUUGGACAGAAAAACGGUGGAAGCUCACACCUGGAGUGCCGAAGAGAAGGAUGUCGGUCUGAAGGCAUUGGGUCGGGUAUAUGCUGGAUGGGGUUUCAGCCAGGCAUUCUAUCGACACAAGUUGUAUGAAACUGUGCUGGGGUUCAAGGGACUCGAAGACUUCAUGGUGAACUUCUGGGAGAAAUGGGCUUGCUCUAAAGAGCCUGAAAACCUGCUGGUUCUGCUGCAAACUUGGCAGAAUGGAGAUGUCUCCCAACAAGAGCCGUACAAUGGGGACUUUGAGAAGGCGAUGGCAUCCAUCAAAGCCAAAGCGCUUAUCCUGCCAGCAAAGACCGAUCUUUACUUCCCACCGGAGGACUCGGAAUACGAGGUUUCUUGCAUGAAGCCAGGUGUAGGAACACUGGAUAUAUUUCCUUCGAUUUGGGGUCACUGGGCGGGUGGCCCGGGUGAUAGUAAAGAGGAUGUUGAGUGGCUUGAUAACAAGCUCACCCAGUUCUUUGAAGACAACAGAGGUGAUGAGGUGAAUUCUCUAACAGAACAGGUCCAGAACGCACUCUAA